GACCACCACCAACACCACUAGAUACUCUGGAACUUUUUGAAUAUCUGAAAAUAUUAUUAUCUGAAGAUAAUGCUGAGAUUCCAGAUUCAACUGAAUCAUCAUUGUCUCAUGAUAAUGCUACAAAUUUAUGGUAUGGAGAACCAUUAUUUACAAAUAUAGCAAUAGAAAUGGAUGAUGGAUUAUGCUAUGCAAAGAAAGCUGAAAAUUUAACUUGGCCAAUUUUUUUAAAUUUCUUGUUAAUCUUUCUCUCAAUAAGAAAUUUCUUGCCUACGAUAUCUUUAACUGUAAGCCCCUCGAUAGUAGUAUUAGUAAAGCAAUCAAAAAUUUUUGCUCUAGGAGGAUCAAUUACCAAGAUUGAAAAAAAUUUAUCCACAUUUUUGCUUCCAAUGGGUUUAGCGCCAACGUCCUCAACAAAGGUAACUAUACCUUUGGCUUCAUUACUGCCAGCGAAUCUUGCAAAAGCACCUUUGACUGUAUCUUUUGAUUAUCAAGAAUAUAUAGGCAAAGCUGCUUUUGCAAGAUUCGGUGACAAUGAUAAAGUCAAAGGUGUAGUCACUUUUGUUGAAUCGUUUGACGCUGGCAGUAGUAAUCGACGCCUAGUUAUAACUGCAGUGUUCUCCAAGGGUUUUGUGAGCUCGAGUAUUAGUGAUUAUAAAUUUCUCAUUGAAGGCGGUGGUAAUCUGAAUGAUAUUUUUUCAAACUUGGUAAUUGAUCCUCCUAGAGCCAAAAUUUUUGACUGCACUUUUAUUAUCAAUGGGCCUAAAGUUAAAGAUCUCAUUGGAAAGCAAUUCGUUAUUAAGUUAAACAAUAAACAAAUUGGCCGUGAUAAAAUUUCAGCUAUUUAA